AAGUUAUCCGGUUUCGUCUCGCUCUUUCCCAGACUACCAGCCGAUUUAACUGGGGGAUUUGUCAGUCACGACACUGUAGGUUUUUCAUAUUUUGUAUUUUGUAUUUUGUAGUUUGUUCCAUCAACUAUCUUUCCACCUUGUCUGUUGAGAAACUGUGCCUGAAAUAUCCACACUCAUUUAAUCGCCAUGACCAGUAAUCACUAUUCAUUAUCAGGAGAUGAUCUAAGCCGAUACCCUGGAGCCACAACCACCCAACUUCCCAAAAUCGACUUCGACGAACCCCUUCACCACGCCGGACCACCACCACCCCCAGGCACCGGCGAAGGGCCUCGCCGCAGCAACAAUGCGCCCGUGCUGGAGCAUCGCUGGUACGAUCCCCGUGGCUGGUCGACCCGCAAGCGCCUCCUCGUCGCCGCCGGCAUCGCCAUUGUCAUCAUCAUCGCGGUAGUCGUUGGCGCCGUCGAAGGCACGAAGAAAUCCAGCAGCUACCCGGACUACUCGCGCCUGAACUACGAACUGGUCGACACCUACGCGGGGGCCUCGUUCUUCGACCGCUUCGAGUACUACUCGGGCGUCGACCCCACCGACGGUUUCGUGCAGUACGUCAACAAAUCCACCGCGCAGUCCCUGAACCUGACGUACGUCACGCCGGACGCCUCGUCGGCGGUGCUGCGCGUCGACACGGCGGACCGCAACGCGAGCCACGGCCGCCGCUCCGUGCGCCUCGAGUCCACCACCAGCUACGACACGGGCCUCUUCGUCUUCGACAUCCGGCACUCGCCCUACGGCUGCGGCCUGUGGCCCGCCCUGUGGCUGACCGACACGGUCAACUGGCCGGCCAACGGCGAGAUCGACGUCGUCGAGACCAACAACCUCGCCACCGAGGGCAACGCCGUCACCCUGCACACGGACGCCGGCUGCAACAUGAAGAACGUCAAGCGCCACCAGACGGGAACCGCGAAUUUCGUCACCUGCGAUAACAGCACGCACAGUAACGCCGGGUGCGGGGUGCAGGGCCCGCCGAGCACCUACGGCCAGGAGUUGAAUGAGAAUGGCGGCGGGGUAUGUGGCAUGCCUCUUCCUCCCCUUAUGCUUGUCCCUUUCCUCUUCGUCUCCAACCAACAGAAACAACAGGUCUACGCCCUCGAACUCCGCGACGCAGGCAUCCGCACCUGGUUCUUCCCCCGUGCCGCCAUCCCGGCCGACAUCACCUCGAGUACCAGUAGUACCUCCACCAACACCUCCACCAAUACCUCCGCGACCCCCGACCCGUCAACGUGGGGCACCCCCCUGGCCGACUUCCCCAACACCCAGUGCGACAUCGCCGCCCACUUCCGCAACCAGAGCAUCAUCGCCAACAUCGACCUCUGCGGCGAGCUCGGCGCCCAGAAGCAGUUCUACACCGACCUCUACCACUGCCCCGGCCGGUGUGUGGACUUCGUGCGCAGCCAUCCGGAUAAUUUCACCCAGGCGUAUUGGGAGUUUGCCGGGUUUUGGGUCUUCCGGGCUACGUGAUAGAUAGAUCAUAGAUUUGACUGUAUGUAUAUAUGUAGAGAUGUAGAUAGACUGGAUUAGAAGGAUUGUGGGAUUAGCGGGGUUAUGGGUUGGUGUUUCACACGUUCGUUCUAUGGGUUUCGUGCUUGCUGGAUGAGCGCUCUGAUUAUGCGUAUUUUCAUGUUUGUGAAGAAAAUCGAUUU